CCUUUUGCAUGGAAGCAGCCCACAAGCCCCUCUCUUUCUCUCUCUCUUCUGCCCAUCUUCUUGAUCGGAUUCUCUUCUCUAUCGAAUCCUUUCCUGAAUUCUGCUCUCUCUCUCUCUCUCUCUCUCUAAUUUUCACUCUCUUUAUAUAAACCAGAAAAAAAGAGGGAAUGAUUCUGCUCAUAUCAGUCAUAUGAGUCUUCCCUGAAUUCCACAAAGUCUCCCUGCUCACAUCACCUUUGAUUCUUCUCUUCAAUUUCCCAGGUGACCCAAAUCUUCCACCACCUAUUCUGUUGUCCUCUUUACUUCAAUUGGUUUCUAUUGGACUGGUGGUUUCUAUUGGUUCUUCUGAGUUCAAGGCCUUCAUUUUUUUUUAUCGGUUUCUAUGCAACUGUUGUUCACUCUACUGGGUUUUCUUCUAUCUUAAGGAAGAACCCCAUGCGUUAAUUGUUCAAUUAGUGGGAUACUGAAACAUCCAGGUUAGUGAAAAUGGGGGUCACAAGUUCAAAAAUUGAAGAUGAUAAGGCUUUGCAGCUUUGUCGUGAAAGAAAGAAAUUUGUAAGGCAGGCACUUGAUGGCAGGUGCUCACUAGCAGCUGCUCAUGUUACAUAUGUCCAGUCGCUGAAAAAUACAGGAACUGCUCUGAGGAAGUUUUUUGAACCUGAAGCUCCAGUUGAAUCUUCAUUGUACACUUCCACAAAUGCAACGCCGGAGCCUCUUGCUUUAACUGAGAAGUCCCUUUCACAUUUCUCAAUCUCUUCUCGAUCUUUAUCACACCCUGUGGAUGCAAUUGAAAACCUUUCUCCAUCACCAUCCCCCCCAAGCUCCAGUCGGUUUCAGGCAAAUCAUAUGAAAUUUAGGGGGUUUUCUUCCAAAAAAGUUGAAGAGAAGCCUCCUGUAGUUGUUACAGGGACUGUAACCUCAUCCAGUACUCCACAGAACACUACACCUCGUUCCACCGAAAAACCUGAAACAUCACCAUUUGAAGCUUCUUCGGUCCCACCAGGAAAUCCACCAUGGGAUUACUUUGGACUUUUUAAUCCAAUUGACCAUCAAUUUUCUUUUCAAGAAGGAAAAGAAAUGAAGUCAGGGUUGGAGAAUGUUGAUGAUUUUAGACGGCUUAGGGAAGAGGAGGGAAUACCUGAGCUGGAAGAUGAAGAAGAGAAACAUUCGUUUCAUGCAAGUGAAGAAUCUGAGGAUUCAGAAGAUGAAUUUGAUGAUCCUCCUGUAGAUACUUUAGUUCGAAGUUUUGAAAAUCUUAAUAGGGUACAAGAUCAUGUUGUAUCUAGUGCAUCAUCUGCCAUGCCUUCUACUGGAAGUGUAACUUCUGAAACUGAGUUAGUAAAUGGGGAGAAAAGUAACUCUCCAGAUUUGUCACCACUGAGAACUCCAUCCCCAGCUGUGGCUAUUUCAUCUGAAACAAAGAAAAUACCUGUAAAAGAAGAUCGAACUGAAAAUAAGGUUUCCCCCAAGGACUUCUUUACGAGCAUAAAAGAUAUUGACUCUCUGUUCAUAAAAGCUUCUGAGGCUGGGAAAGAAGUUCCAAGGAUGCUUGAAGCAAAUAAGUUGCGUUUCCGUCCAAUAGUCCCUGCAAAAGAAAAUGGAUCAGUGGCAUCUACAUUCCUCAAGGCUUGUUUCUCUUGUGGGGAAGACCCUAGUCAAGUUCAAGAAGAGCCUGCUCAAAAUUCUGUGAACUACUUAACUUGGCAUAGGACAACGUCGUCACGAUCAUCUUCAUCCAGGAAUUUUCUCGGAUCAAAUGCUAAGGAUGACAAUGAGGAUCUCACUGGUAACAUUUUCGAAAAUUUUUGCAUGAUCUCAGGCAGUCAUGCUUCGACGUUGGAUAGGCUAUAUGCUUGGGAGAGGAAACUUUAUGAUGAAGUAAAGGCUAGUUGGAUGGUCAGAAGGGAGUAUGAUGUAAAGCGCACGAUCCUUAGGCAACUGGAAUCAAAAGGAGAACACAGCAGCAAAAUUGAUAAAACUCGUGCCGUUGUUAAGGAUCUACACUCGAGAAUCAGAGUUGCAAUUCACAGAAUUGAUUCCAUAUCAAAGAGGAUUGAGGAAUUGCGGGACAAAGAGCUUCAGCCACAACUUGAGGAAUUAAUUGACGGGCUAAGCCGGAUGUGGGUGGUGAUGUUUGAAUGCCACAAGCUUCAGUUCCACAUUAUCUCGAUAGCAUACACCAAUGGGAGCGCCAAAAUCUCUAUACAGUCAGAGUCACAUCGGCAAAUUGUCAUCCUUCUAGAAAAUGAACUUAAUUCUCUGUCAUCAUGUUUUACUAAGUGGAUUGGUGCUCAGAAGUCCUAUCUCCAGGCUAUAAAUGAUUGGCUUUUCAAAUGUGUCUUGCUUCCAGAAAAACCUACAAAGAAGAAAAGGAAACAACAGUCCCCUUCAUUGACUUUGAGAAGAAGUGGCCCUCCAAUAUAUGUCACCUGUGGUACUUGGUUGGAUAAGGUUGAGGCCUUGCCUGCAAAGCAGGUUGUGGAUGCUACGAAGGGUUUGGCAGGAGAAACUGCUCACCUUUUGCCCCGCCAAGAAAAGAACCAAGGGAAGAGUGCAAACCCAGGGUCGUGGAAGGCUGAUAAUGGCAGUGAUUCAGGAAUUAAUAUGUUGAGAGACGAAGCUUCAGAAGACUGUAUUUCAGGUUUUGAGCAUUUUCGAUCAAGCUUGGAGGGAUUUCUUGGCCAGUUGAAUAACUUCGCAGAGUGUUCCGUGAGAAUGUAUGGAGAACUCCAGAAGGCCAUCCAAGAUGCUAAGAAUCCCCCAUCCCAACCUCCGCUGGAACCGAAACUUGUUUAGCUGAAAAGAAUUUUGUUGCAGAGAAGAGGGAAGAAUUUCAUUGGUGAAGCGGUUUUCAAAAUUAUGAUGCAUGAAGCAUUUUGCAGGGAGUUCAGUUGGAUGUUUUUACACGGGGAAAGUAAUAAAAUGGUGCAUGGAAGCCUUUGUGGUACAAAAUGAAAUAAAGAAGCUGCUGAUAAUUUGUAAUGGAGAGGUGAUAAAGGUAGGAGGGGGGUGAGUUUGUAGUUGGAAAAGACGUCGUCACCUGGUUUCUGUUGGUGUUAAAUAGAGUAAAAAUUUUGGCCGAAAACAUUUUUUGGCCAUGCCAUUUACUUGAAAAGUCAUUUGGCACUCCAUUGUAUCUCAUAUAACACAUGAAAAAGUAUAGCUGUUUAACCCCUGCGAUUGAUGAAUGCGCAACUGUGAUUUACACACGUUUUGACUUCUUGUUAUAUUUUUAUAAAAUUCAGGGGUUUAAUAGUUGCACUUUUAUAUAUAUUGUUUUGAUACUAAGUGAGAUACAAGUAAAAGUGAAUGUGCCAAAUGAUUUUUUGUGUAAAGUUCAAGGAUCAAAAGAUAUUUUCGGCCAAAAAAUCUCAAUGUAAUAUGACCUGUAUAGUUUUCUUCUAAUAUUUUUCAAUUUUUCUCAGAAACUUUAGUAACUCAGAUCAAAUUACACCCCAGUUAAAGAAUCUUGUUCAUGCAGUGCAUGGAAAUUUAAUAUUCAUGUUUCUCUGUA